AAAAGUUUGUGUGACAUAUCGUCCGUUUCAGUGACAGUCACCGCUAGGUACAGAUUAUAAAUGUGCCGUGAAUUUGUAUGGUGUAGAAGAAUGUUUCUAGAAUAAAGUAGAAUUUUGUUAAUCGUAUUGUUGUAUACUGUGUUUAUUUGUAGCUGGAUCAAUUAUAUUAACAUAAACAAUGUCUAAUGUUUUUGGAUUAAUUGUGUCUGGUCGACUAGUUCAGACGGACUUUGCGGCUUUGUCAGAAACACAAUUUCUAAUAACUAUAUCCGAGGCUGACAAUAUCAACCACGCGGUGGUAUUUUUAACUGGCGUGGCGCCUUUGCCGGUGGGCACUGUGGGCAUGGUCUACUGGAGCUGGCCCGACCCGGCGGCGCCACCCAACUGGCAGCUGCUCGGUCACAUAUCCAACUCUAAACCCUCUGCUAUAUUCAAAAUAGGAAAUUUGAAAAAGCUUCAUGAACUAUCUAGGUUCACAGGUGACAAUAAAUUCAUAACUGCAUUUGGGCAACAGCAAAUAUGUCACAAUGCACAAAUUGGUAUAGCUAUUGAACCAGAAACAAAUGUUCAACUCCUGGCUUCAUCUGUGGCACAACAAAACAAUUACAUAACAUUUGCUCAGAAAAUGCUGGAGCACCUUGUUAACUUUGUGGCUUCAUUCUCCGUGACUCAGGACCAGAUGACACCUACGCCUGGCGUCUCCUACAUACCACUCAACACCUUGCACACUUGGUACCAGAACUUUGAACGGAGACUACAACAGAAUCCAAACUUCUGGAAGAACUAGUGGUUUAUCUAUAACACAACAGUUCAUAAGAUUUCCUUUGACGAGUAACAUGUUGUAUGCAAUAAGACAUUUUAGUUUAGGUUUUUAUUUAGAAUGCAUAUUUUGUAUUGAUGAUUGAUGACUUAUCUACUUGUAGUAGUCAUCUUCAUGAAACUGAUUUUAUACUAAGGAUAUUGUGCUGCAUGAUGCUGACUGUGAGGCCACAGUACACUGUACAGUGGUGGAGACCAAUACAAGUGACAACUGUUGUCAUAUUUUAACUUACAUGUAUAAGCAGUAUACAUCCUCACAUUUUACGGUGAUAGCAUUUAUUUACUCCAUAUUUGUUAUUUAAAUAAAUCUAUUACAAACUUGAAAAAUGUUAAACAAAUGCAGCAUAUACUUAUUUAUACUUUAAUGCAAGUAGAAAACAGGACGGAGACUAAUGAUGCUUCCUUCUAAUGACUUCAAAUUGAUAGUGUGAUCACUAAUAGCUAGUUAAUUCCCAUAGAAAACUUGUAGUAUAUUCUUGAUGGGCAAUUAGUUUUGUGGCUUCCCAUGAGUGCUCAGGGAGGACCAGGUUUACUAGUGGCAGUUAUACUAUUUCUUUUAAGUGACUGUACAUUAGAUGUAAAGACUGCUUAAGAAUAACAAAUUGGAAAUAAACUAAUGUAAUUUUAAAUCAGAAA